GGAGUUUCAAAGAAAGUGUAUUGAUUUUUCAUUUCCCAAUCCCAAUUUAAAAUUUAGUUUUGAUGUUAUUAACUAAGUAACAACACAAUACAAUGCAAUUUAUGUUUCAAGAACGAAUGAAUUUAAAUAAUACUCAAUUAUGAACGAAGAAGACAAACAGGCGCUUAUCCAAAGAUUUAAUAUUAAGAUUGGAGAUGAUAUUAAUAACUUGGCUAACGCAUAUGAAUUGGAAAAUGAAUAUGUAGAAAAGCGCGACAAAUUACAAAACUCUCUUCAGGCGAAGAACACUGAAGUCCCUACAAAAGUAAAAUCAUCAAUAGAUAAAGCAAAGAAAAAGCCUGCUCAAAUAGCGGAGCUCAAAGAAAAAAAUGAAAAGUUGCAGAACAAACUAGACCAGUUUCUGGUAAAAACUGAGCCCCUGCGUGAAGAACUGAACAAAAGGUUUGCAGCUAUCAAUAAACUAGUGAAGGUCCAGUCAUAUUUGAAGACUUAUAUAGAAGUGGAAGACCUGUGCCGUCAAUUGUCCAACUGUAACGAAGAUGAGCAGAGUGUGCUGCUGUUCGGAGCACUUAAAGAGCUGUGCUUACAAUACCAGGAUGGCCACAGAGGCACUUAUUUCAAGGAAUACACACACUACUGGCAUAAUAUACUUAAGGAUAAAUUAACUAAACAAUAUGAAGAUGUAUUAAAGUUGCUGAAAUGGCCAGUGGUAAUGCGGCCAGACAUGUCCCCUUUGCCUAAAGAUGUGAUGGUCAAGUUCCAUAAUCUGACCAAGUUUUUAUUCCUUAUUGAAGAACCAGAUGAUGAACAAGCCAGAAUACAGUCAGGAGAUUUCAGUUUAGCAGAAAAUCCAUGUUUACCUGUAAAAGUCCUGCUACGGCCGCUGAAGAAAAGGUUCACAUUCCACUUCACUGGGUCCCGGCAGACCGCGCGCAUUGACCGCCCUGAAUGGUUCCUCACUCAGACGCUCACUUGGAUCAAGGAUCACCAGGGCUUCGUGAGGACACAUGUACAGCCGGUUGCUGACAAACUGCAGUUGAGGCAUGUUCGGACAGUUGACGACUUCAACGCCGGCCUUAUCUCUUUCGCGGCGGAAAGACUCCACACAGUCCUUGGAAUGUAUAACGCACACGGGGUCAAGGAAAAACGCGCGGACAUGGACGCGGCCUUCGCUCACGCUGUGGAUGAGGCUUUAGGCUUCCACCGUGAGCUGGUGCUCAUAACGGGGCAUGAGGUUAACAGCGUACUAUCGGUGCUGACGAAAGCGGAGAUCUUUGUCAGAUGGCUUUCGGUUGAAAAGAAAUAUGCCUUAUCGAAAAUGGACGAGACGAUAGACACCGAGUCUUGGAUCGAGCCCGUGGCCGGCGGCAUGGGCUCCGCCGUGGGGUCCGUGCUGUGGGUUCCGCGGGGCGCUGAUUGGUUCAUGUCGCUGUUGAAAACCAUUGAGGACCGGUAUGCUGUAUUGCCGCAGCCGGGACAUCGCCUUCAGUUUCUCGAACUCCAACUCGAGCUGGUCGAGGAGUGGCGCGUGCGGCUGACGCAGCUGCUGAGCGCGGCGCUGGGCGUGCUGCCGCCGGGCGCGUUCCUGGCCGGCGCCGGCCCGGACCCCGUCACGGCCGUCGUCAACGCGGCCCACCACGCUCGGACCGGCCUGCUGCAGUGGGCGCACUGUCUGCACUACCUCCAACUGCACUACUACCGCCGCCAGUUCCAACAUUUCACCCAACAACAACACCAUGACGAGUCCGAAUCGGGGUCCAGCUCCGAUGAAGAAUCUGACGAAUCAGACUCGGACGGUGAUGACGAAAAAGAAAAAACAGAUGAUGACGCCUUGUCGUUGAAAGAUGUGGAGCAGAAGGCGAAAAACCAAGCUAUUGAUGAAGUGAUGCGUCGCAAUUCAGUUUUGCCUGAAUUGAGCCAGUUUGAUAUCACAUCGCCAAUAGCAAACUUGACCGUAACGGAGCCGCUAUCUAACGAUGAUUCUGAAGAGGCGGGCGUGUUUGCUGAAGCGCCAGCAUUACUAGCGCGUUUGCGUGACGCCGGACUUACUGCUCUCGCCGACCAUGCUCUGCUCGAGUUCCGCGCCGCCAUGCGAGACUACAGGCGGCAGAAAUGGCACGCGAUGUUGGUAGUGGAAGAGAUAGCGCUCUGCGUAUCGACGCCUCUGUGCGCGCCGCUGUCCGCGCUCUGCACGCGCAUGAACAACGCCACGGCCAAGCUGGCGCCCGUCCUGGCCGUGAGAUUCAGGAGCUUCCUGGCUGAGAGCGUAGACCAGUACAUCUUCGAGGAGGUGGUGCUGGAAAGCUGGUUCAACACGGGCGGCACGAUCCAGUUCACGCACGACGUGAAGCGUAACCUCGUGCCGGCCUUCGCUCCGCCUAAUAAGAGCGCGUCGCAGACCAACCUACUACCUAAGCUGCUAGAAUCGUGCGUGCUACUAAACAUGGAGUACGACGAAGCGCGCCGGCUGCGCGGGCUGCUGCGCGCGCACCCGGGCGCGGGCGCGGAGACGCUGCGCGCGCGCGGCGUGCGGCACGUGGCGCCGCCGCACGCGCUGCGCGUGCUCGACCAGCGCACCGACCUCGGCGACGCGCCCGAGCGCUCCGUCAUGGACCUCUUCUGAGGGUACGAGGGGGGAGGGCUUUAAGUUGGCGUGUGCCGGUGCCGGUGACAGUGAUACCGCUUCAUUUGGUUAUAAGGUAUUUGACUACUAGUCAAAUCAAUUUCUUUUUUCGAACUGUCAAAACAAUUUUGCUAUUUUGGAAUUUAUACAGGGAACAGGGUAAUUUUUGGACCGUUAGCCAUAUUGUGCGAGGUGAUUAGGUAGGUCAUACUGAACAAAAUUUUUUCUAUGUGACCAACCCCGAAAUCAAAAAAAAAUUGGCCUUCCGCACUUCUCGCACAAUAUGAUAUGGCUAACGGUCCAAAAAUGACUGAAUGUUUUAUACAACACUAGCAUGUGACGUCACGAUCAAAUUACCUACUUUUAUAAUUUUAUAUGGGUUUUAAAAUAUAAAUUUUGACUCACAAUAACUUCUGUCUACGUUUCUCUAAUAAUAUUCUGGUGAUUUAUUUCAUGCAUGUUGUAAAGUAAUUUAUUUUAAGUACUGUCAAAUAUACCCUAUUGUUAUUACGCCAUUUAAUUGGGCAAAAUAUCUUAACUUUUUGUGCUAAUAAAUGAACCGAGUUGCGCAUAACAACGAAACUAUAAAAAAUUAAGAAUUUUCAACCAAUUAUGGUUUGAAUUUUUACUUGAUUGAAAGCGUAUCCGAUUGAUUUGUAAAGCAAGCAAAUACCUUACUAGAUUAGUACUUAAUUAUGAUUUUUAACAACACUUAUUAUCCAAUGCUUGCUAGCUAUCGCUAUCACUAAAGUGUCAUUCUAUAUAACUUGCUAUGUAAACAAAAGUCACUAGUAAAUUCAUAAUUUUUGACAGUUUCAAUGUGGCGGUUUCUUUACAUAGCAAUAAGUUCCAUAAAAUGAUAUUUCACUAUAACAUACCUCAUCCGCGAUAAAAGUAUAAACAUGGAAGUAUUUGCAAUAGUCGGUAACGUAAGAAUUGAGUUUUGACAGUUAUAAAACUUAUAUAUUGGCCCUUAUCUUAUACGUAUAAAGGUAAGGUAAGGCGUAUUGUGCUAAUUAUCGCAGUAGUGCGGUAAUACGUUGCUUCGACUGUAAUUAAUGAGUUUUGAUAGGUUACCUAGCAACGUUCUGAAAACAUUCCAUUUUAAUAUUAUCUAUAAUUCAAGUUCAAUAAUAAUUGGUGGUUAUAUGGUUUAUAAUGUAUAAAAAUGAAGCGGUAUUACUAAAUCGGUAUCAUUGGUAGUGUGUUAAAUAGUUCGGAAGCUGAUAUGCGUAGUUGUUCGGCGGCAAAUAUAACUUUUGUUUUCUUUAGUAACUAAACGAAAGUUUUUAGAGCUAAACAUAGUUUGAAAUAAAAUAAGCUAUUUAUUUGAAAUAAGGCUAAAUGUGCCAAUAACUAAAGAAGUGCUGUUAAUAGAAGUAUUUCGUACCGUGAUAUAAUAAUAACAAUUCAAUACAAAUGAUAAUAAAAACAAGUUGUAACUGGCUAUGCAACUAGGGAAACAUUAGCUUCGAUUUGUAUUUAAAAGUUCGAAAUUAAAUUCUAUAUAUGUAAUUUUGAAUUACAUUAAACGUUCUUGAAUUUUCUAUACUUGUAUUUGGCGUAAAAUGAAUAUAUCUUGUGCGAAAACUAUCUACCAGUAACAUUUAGAGCAAAAUAUCAAAAUUUCAAGUAGGUACAAUAAAAAUACGAAACCAUGGCACUUCAAUAUUGUAGACUCAAGUCAACAAGAAGUGUAUCUUCGUCUGAUUUUAUUUUCCUUUGUUUGUUUUCAUAUAAAUGUAGCAAGUAGCCUUCAAAGUAUGUGCAUCAGAGCGCGCGGUUGUUUUAUACAAUAGGGACCGUGCGUAUUGAAGGGCCUGCCAUCUUCUGGCCUGAAUCGGAAACAUAUGUGCACAUAUACAUUGCCAAAGCAAGUGCUACCAUCUCCCGUUCUCUUAGGUGCGUUUCCUUGUGCAUAGUAGGUUCUGCCAUCUGGUGGGCUACAUCGGAGCAUAAACGUCACAUUUACGCCUCGCGCCAAAAUCUGACGGCUACUAUGCUGCCUCCCUAUAGUUUAUGCACGCUACCUAUAAACGCAUGUGAUCACGGAAUUUAGGGAAAAUGACAUUGCGCUUAUCGCUGCGUUUAUCGCAUACAACAACCGCGCGUUUAAUUAAACCAUGAUUCAUGUUACAAUAUGCCAUUUUUAUUAUUUUCAUAAGAGCCGCCGACAAGGUAGGUGUCGUGAACGACAUAAUGGAAAGUUUUAAUAUAUUUUUGCUACUCAAUUUUUAUACGAAUGUAAUUUAAAACUUACGAAAUUUUAUGGAUAUGUUAUAUUUUUUUCUUAAGUUUUAUAUUAAGUUAUUUAUCGAUGAAUUGAUACGAUUGUUAAUGUUUGAUGACUGAAGGAAUGAAGCCUCCCUCUUGUAUGUGAAUGUUUAAUAUUUAAUCAACUCCUUGGAUGUCAUAUAACGUUAAUUGUCGUCUUCAAUGUUAGAUCCGUGAACACUAUCAUGUGUCGCUCGCAGAGAAAAGGGACCUUACUGCGGUAGGUGCUGUAAGCCGUAAAAUCCUGCUGCUCUUAUAUCCGUUUUCUAGGUAAACGACACAUAUUAUAUUUUAACUUUCGAUGUACAUUUGUAGGUUAAUCAAUAAAUGACAUCAAAUAUGUAUAAAUGAAUAGUUUCAUUUCAUAAUUAUGUUGCAUCUCUGGCACAGUUAU